AGGCUUAUGUUAGCGGCGCUACUUUCUUUCCGACCAGGGCUGCAGUGUGUGACAGUCGGCGUUCAGUCUGUUCCAGAACACAGACAUGGGUGUGAUCAGUGUGCAGCUGGUGGUUACCAUGGUAAUGGCCUGUGUGAUUCAGAAAAUUAUACCUCACUACUCCUUCGCGAGAUGGCUACUUUGCAGUGGCAGCCUGCGCUGGUACCAGCAUCCAACAGAAGAUGAGUUGAGAAGUCUAGCUGGAAAGCACCAAAAGGGGGGAAAGAACAAAAAAGACAGAAAAUACAACGGGCACAUAGACAACAAGCCAUUAACGGUUCCCAAGGAUAUUGACCUCCAGCUAGAAACAAAAUGUAUUGCAGAAGUGGACACACUAGCUUUGCACUACUUCCCAGAGUUUCAGUGGCUGGUGGACUUCACAGUGUCUGCGACAGUGGUGUACCUCAUCACAGAGCUGUACUUUUGUGUAGCUGAGCCUGACGGAGAAAUGAACAUCAGUGUGGUGUGGAGUCUGCUGGUGCUCGCCUUUGUCAUUAAGAUUCUGUUCUCCCUCAUGGCUCACUACUUCAAGCUAGAGGAAGGUGGUGAGCGAUCUCUCUGCAUCACCUUUGGCUUCUUCUUCUUCGUCAAAGCAAUGGCCAUCCUCAUCGUCACUGAGAACUACCUUGAGUUUGGACUUGAAACGGGUUUCGCAAAUUUUUCUGAAAGCGCUGUGCGGUUUCUGGAGAGCCAAGGCCUGGAGUCUCAGGGACCUAUAUCCAAACUAACCUUUAAGUUGGUCUUGGCUCUGCUCUGCUCUUUGAUUGGAGCUUUUCUUACCUUCCCUGGUCUGCGAUUGGCCCAGAUGCAUCUCGAUGCCCUUACGCUGAACACUGGCAAAAUCACACAGACUUUGCUUCAUAUCAACUUCUUGGCCCCUUUAAUAAUGAUACUGUUGUGGGUGAAGCCCAUAACCAAGGAUUACAUCAUGAAUCCCACACUGGAGAAAGAAAGUGUGCCUUUAAUGACUGAGAAAACUUAUGAUACACUACGACUGUGGGUCAUUCUGCUGCUGUGUGCGCUGAGGCUGGCCAUGAUGCGCCACCACCUGCAGGCCUACCUCAACCUGGCGCAGAAGGGUGUGGAGCAGAUGAAGAAGGAAGCAGGACGCAUCAGCACGGUCGAUCUCCAGAAAAUGGUCACUCGUGUUUUUUACUACCUGUGUGUUAUAGCUCUUCAGUAUGUGGCGCCCUUGGUGAUGCUGCUGCAUACCACUUUGCUGCUAAAAACUUUAGGUGGACAUUCCUGGGGCAUUUACCCUGAAGACAGCUUACCUUGUAUUGUAAAUGAGGACUUUCAGCCUGAAACCGCAGGCCAAGCGGAAGCCCCAGCUACCCAAACGGUGGUCCAGCUUUCUGUGGCUUUAGGUGGACUGAGGACUGUUUUCACGCCCUUGCUUUUUCGAGGCCUCCUAUCUUUCCUCACCUGGUGGAUCUCCGCCUGCUUGUUCUCCACCUCUCUCUUCGGCCUCUUUUACCAUCAGUACCUGAUGGCCGCGUAGCAGAGGUGCAGAAGGGGGGAAGAUUCGGGGGCCACAUCGAGGGCCAGGGCUACAGCAGAAAGGACUGCAUGACCAACAGCUCAUAAACUCCAUCCCGAUCAUAUCAGAGUUUCUCUCUCGGGCUUCCUACUUUUUUAAAAGGAGAAUUUUCAAAGGUCAAACAAUUACAUAAUAGUAAUAAUGACUAACGAUGUUGGGAUGUGUGUAAAUGUCAGAAUAGUGAAUGGAUGGAGCGUGUAUGCUGACUUCACUGCAUGGCAUACACAGCACACUGGGAGAAUUUUAAAGUCGGGCAUUGCUGAGAAUUAUCGAUACACUGUAUUUUAGUGGUUCAAAUGGGUAACGGAUGAUAUGCAAAAAGAUAUUUUAAUUGUGAUUUACAUGCCAUUUUACCACCGAAUCUGAAGUGUAAACUGGUCUGUGCUGUAGGGAGGGUGGCCAGCCUUAGUGGAAUGUUCUUGGUAUCCGUCAAAAUACCGCGUGGUGUCUUGUGGGUCCUGUGUUUUACAUACAUGUCUGGAAAAUAUGAGUCUCAAUCCAUGUACUACACACGACAGGGACAUAAAAACACACAACACGUCUAUGGGAUCCAUCAGUGAACACACACUCAUUUUGACGGAUACUGAAAAUGUUACUCCUAAGCGCCAAGUCGUGGUCACACCAGAAACUUGGCAGUUCACUCUGUCUUGCUAAAUAAGCGUGGUCAUGCCAGCAAUUAAAUAUUGUAGAUGAAAUUUAAUCUUUCAUGGUGUUCAAUUAGCAGUUAGCUCUGAAUUAGGCCUGUCACAGUUUUUCAAUUCUCUGAUACCACCUCUGUAUUUGGCAGUGGUUCUGAACAUGUGGUUAGGUUCAUCUUGUCCCUAGGUGUGAGCCAAAGGUUGAUCGUGUGUUAGAAAGGUUAGUGCCUAUUGUUUUCAGGAUAUGCUUUGGACCACUAGUCUGUUAGAAAACCUAGUGAGCUGCCUUACUGCCUACUUUCACCUAGGCAGCUGCCUAAGUAGAGAGGAUUCUAAUAAGACAUCGAACUCAUAAGGCAGGUUAUUUAGACACACUACUUAGACAGCGAUUAUGGCGAUUAUGUCACUGGGGUUUUCGCCUACUCAGCCGAUGGGCUGAGGCAGCACAACUCGAUAGCAUGCCAGCUAACAUCUCUCUCAGUGUACCGAAAAUGGAUAAACUGUCCCUGACAUGCCUGAAUGUGCAAAUAAAUAAAACUUGUACUCCUAUAUACAAACUAAAAAUCAAUGCCGCUCAGGUGGUGCAGCGGUAAAAUACGCUAGCACACCAGAGUUGGGUUUUCGAAUACAUCGUAUCGAAUCCGGCUGGGCUGGGCUGGGCGGCCGCAUGAACGACGAUCGGCUGUUGUUCAUAGGGUUAGGCAAGCUACGACCCCUGCUGGCUGAUUGAUGCCGCCUGCACAGAGCUGAGGAAUGAUGCUGAUCAGGGUGUGGCUCUCCAUACACGGUGCUAACCGGUAUAUAUGAAAUCGACUCGUGCAGGUGAAAAGGUCUGUACUGAGCAUGUGUCGGAGGGGGCGUGUGUCAGUUGAGAAGCGUCCUCAGUCAGCGGUGGAGGGUUGAAUCGGUGGAGGAUGCAAUCAGGGUAAUUGGACAUGACUAGGUUAGGGGAGAAAAUUGGGGGGGGGGUCAAUGAGAGUUUAUUUACAUUUGAAAGGAACUCCUGUCGUUGCUCCGCAUUCGUCCGCACACUGAAUGCUGGGAUUGCCUUCACUGCUAAGGAAGUAUCGGAUUCUCCAUGAUUAUUCAGUCAGAUUAUAGCUUCGAAAUAAGGCACCUCCAUAGGCAGCAUUUUAAGGCAUUUAAGAAUUUAGACAGCCUCCUUCUAGGGAGAGCGUAGGAUGACGUAAAAUGCGUACGUAAAGAGCUCACUAGGUUUUCGGACAAACCCUUAGUGUCAGGUUUUUACAAAUGAUAACGUUAUAUGCCCUCGCCAGCUAGGCAGCUGCCUAAGUAGAGAGGAUUCUAAUAAGACGUCGAACUCAUAAGGCAGGUUAUUUAGACACACUACUUGGACAGCGAUUAUGGCGAUUAUGUCACCGAGGUUUUCGCCUACUAAACUAACACAGUUAGCCUCAGUCUUUUCGAACUGAUGGGCUGAGGCGGCACAACUCUCUCUCAACGUUAUACGCCCUUGCAAAUUUGGCUGACAAUGUUCUGGUGUGACCACAGCUUUGAUGUGCAUUAAAGGAAGCACUGUACGAACUCUGAGGACAGGAAGGCUGUGUCCUAAUUAAAAACGGGGGGUUUUGUUUUUGUCUUUACUGACAGGCAGGUGCUUAAUCCACCUUGUAUGAAGAGUGUUUAACUCUAGAAGACUGAACUUAUUUAUCAGUAUGUGAGAGGAUCUGAGUGUGUGUGAAUGCACCAUUGAGUGUUAAAAUAAAGACAUCAGUGCCUGCGGGCUGCAGCUGACCCCUGCUGCUUACAGGCAUAAAUCUGAAAAAGGGCAUUCUGAACAAGAAAAGAGCGAUCUCUGGAAACGAUCUAAAGCCCCCCCCCCCCCCUUUUUUUCUUUUUUUUUGUUAUUCAUUUUACUGGCCAAACGUUUCGCUUUGAAUCCAGAGUCCAGCAUGAUCAAACACAACCCGCGGGUGCGAGCGCUCGUGUUCCCUUUUGUCACCCCUAUUGAUUUGCUGUCACAGUUCUAGUAUUGGGAUUGAUUUUCAUUUAGCUUCCUGUUAAGGUGCCAAGGAUGCGUGUAAACCCUAAUCUGUCGCGAGUAUAACAUCUGCUUGUGUCCAUUCUCGGAGAUCGAAACCAUAUGGCCUGCUGGGAAGUGUUAGCAUUCACGCUCGGAUCUGCUCUGCGGCUCGCGAGUGACUCGGGAAAAGAACUCGGCUCCUUCGCAGAGAGGGUCGGUCGGGUGUUUCGGUAAGGCGUCUAUGGGGGUACGUCUUAUAUUUCACCUCGGGUCAGUAGUUUUGCACAGCAGAAUGGAUACGGGAUUUUGCAUAUCGAUUACAUUUUUUUUCUACAUGUUAACAUAAGUCUUAAUUCGUAAUUUUUUACUCUCGAUUUUGGAGUGUUCACAAAAUGUUUGUAUUAAUCCUGCCUAACUGCAGACACUGUUGUGAUCUAAGAUUUGUUAUCGAAUUUGCUUUUCUGGUUCAAGCUGAGCUACAUUUUUUUCUUAGGGGUGUUUCGAUACUCAAAUUUCAAAUGUGAUAAAAUAAUUUAUAGGAUUUUAGGAUUCAUUUUCCUCUACAACAAUCAUUCCCAACUCCUAAAAUAGUAGCCAAUCUUGACCACCCCACAAACCUGUAAAUAUAAAGCUAAUGGCUUAUGGGCCACAGGUUAAGUGGGUACAAUUCACAGCAGCAAAAUCCUUUACUGUAUCCUCUAAUCGUAGGGGUCUAGCAUUCAGACCCACACUGUUCUCCGCUAUAAUUCACACAACAAAAUAUUGACCUGUCUUAUUAGCUGACGUUCUUGCCUCAUGCGGUACGCUUCACCUCUAACAAUACAACCCUCCACUGCUGAAUGAGGAGCUUCGCAACUGACACACGUCCCCUCCGACACGUGAGCAAUACCGACUGCCUUUUUUUACCUGCGGGAGGCGAGUUCAUAUGCGAAUCAGCCUUGUGCACGGAGAGACACACCUUGAUCAGCAUUAUUCAUCAAAUUGUAAUUGCAUCAGGAACCCUGGUCCGGCUCAUUCCAUUCCUUGAACAACAGCCAAUGGUUGUUCACGUGGCCACCCAGCUGAGAUUCGAUACGAUGUAUUUGAAAUCCCGGCUCUGGUGUGCUAGCAUAUUUUACUGCUGCGCCACCUGAGCGGCCAUUAUAUAUAUUUUUUAAUUGCUGUCUUUAUCCUAAACCUAUACAGUUUAAAAGCAUCUGCAAUUCUUAUGUUUUUAAGAAAUUGUAGAGCUUUAUUUAUUUUGCAUGUAUGGCUGGUUUGCACUACCCUGGAACUACCUAGUUAUGAUCUUCAUUUAGCUAGUAAAUUAAUACAGACCAACACCAGUUCACUGGCUGUUGAUGAUGACUGUCCACCUGAACAAUAAACCUCAUUGCAGUGUUGAUGUCUGAUCUGUUUUGUGCAAAAAGCAUGGACUGUAAUGGGGGAAAAAAAUCUUAAUUGAAUAUUUAUAGGUGUAUCGUUACACCCCUAAGUUCUGUUGGUUUUUCUGUUUAAUCAGUUCCGUUUAAUGUUUUCAAGCCUCAGUAUUAAAUAAAGAAAAAAAAUAGCAUUUAUUUAAGUCUUGGCUGAACAUUCAUACCAUACAUCAAACCAAUGAUGUGAAGCUCUGUACUAUUUAAACAAAGAAAACUACUGACGACCAGGUUUCUAUCAGCUUUUGGCCUCCAACAUUUCAAACAACCAGUUAAAAUGUGACAAAAAGAAAAGCAAAGCUAAUUAUUAAACUAAUACCUUUUUUAUCCCAAAUUCAACACUUCAAAUCCUAAUGCCAAAAAUAACCUAUAGUCUUUGGGUUCGGAAUUGGCCCAUUUAGAUUUCACAAGAAAUGUGACUAAUCAUUUGUAAAAUGUAUUAAAUUCUUUUUUUUUUUUUCUUCGUAUCUUUUCACUAUCAAGUUCUAGCUGGGACACUUCAUACAAUCCACAGAAGCCGAAAUGGCUUUGUUCGUCUUAAUUGUGUUUUAAACAUUGAUGUUUUAUUUAUUACUUUUGUUUAGUUUGUGUUUUAAUAAAUGAAUGUUAUGGGAAAGUGUCA